UUUCGUGCCAGUGUUGGGUGUCUUCUAAAUUCUCACCAUAAAUCUGAUUGGAAAGUCGGAGAUGAAAUGAAAGACAAAAUGAAGUCGAAAUUCACAUGAAAUGAAAAAAAAUGGCUUCUCGUUGUCUUCUCAAAAUGCUAUAUAGUAUAAAUACAUAGCUUCCCCUUAUAUGCCUCCUUAUGUUCGAGUCUCUUCUCUAAUGGACUCUAAUUAAAAUAUUUUACCUCCCUCUUUUCUGGGUUUCUUUUUCUUUUCUCUCUUUGAUUGAAUUUUUAAUUUUUAAUUUUUUUGGUUUUUGAUUUUGGUAUUUUGGAUAGUAUUUUAUUGUUUUCAUGGCGAAGGGACGGCGGUUGACCACCAGCAGAAGCGAACGGUUUCUAGGAAGUUACAGUUACGGUCGCAGUCAUGGGGAUGCCCUCACAGGCGAAUCGGAACUUGGGGAAGAAGAUGUAUGGUCGAUGGUUGAUAACGUCACAGACCGAGAUGACCGGAGAGAGUGGAGUCCACGCUCUGAGUCCGAGAGUAACGAAACCGCUAACUUCGACGUGAGAAGCGGCCGUCGUCGGAUCCCGCGAGGUGACGCUGGUCACGUUGGCGGGCUUUCCUUGGCUUUCGAUGAUUCUUCAUCGGCCAAACCUAGGAUCGUACACCAGUACCGUGGCCAUGAUAACGUGUCGGCGGCGACGGAGGAUUCGCCACGUGGACGGAAUAUGGCCACGUCAGCGCCGUUGAAUGUGCCUGACUGGAGUAAGAUUUAUAGGUCCGACUCGGUGGAGGAGUCGAUGCAUGACUCGGAUGACGAUGAUGAUGGUGAGUCGGAUAUGAUGCCGCCACACGAGUACUUGGCGCGUAAGAAAUCGGGUGGGGCUUCGGUUUUUGAAGGUGUGGGUCGGACCCUCAAAGGCCGGGAUAUGAGACGGGUCAGGGAUGCAGUAUGGAACCAAACCGGGUUCUAUGGUUAAAAGGUUAACCAAUUUGUUAGCCACUUGGACCAGAAAAAAAAAAAAAAGAGCCUAAACCAACUUAAUUAUUACAUAAUAAUAUAUAUUUUUUAACUUGAGCAAUGAUUCGACUGAGUCGACACAGUAGAGUUAACUCAGUUUCCGAGUGAGCUCAAGCAAGCAGGAUUUUGAACUUAGGGUCCUAAAAGAAAUGAAGUGUGUUUACCUCCUCCUCUUUACAAA